GCCAUAGAAGAACAUGAAAGUGAAGUCCUCCAACUUGAAUGUAGCAUGGAAAGCUCUCUGCCAGGUGAACAAGAGCAAAGUCAUUCAGCAGGUACUGAUAUACCGGUAGUUGUUUAUGGUAGAUGGUAUUUUAUUAUGAAAGUUAAUAAUAUACAUGAAAAAAUUUCUCUGUGAAUUUGAUUGGCGUAGAGCAGUGUACUUUUUAGUAAACACAAUGCAAAAAACAAGGAAACAUAAUGCAAAAAAAAGAAAGAAAUAUAAUGCAAAUUUAUCAGAGAAUGAAAAACUGUGAUUGGGCCAAUAAACAAUAGAAAUUUAUCAGAACUAAUUAAUGCCACAGUUUGCUGGUGGGAAGCAUGUAUACUUUUAAAACUUCCCCCUUUUUGGUGUAAUUAAUUAUGCUCUGUUGUCUUACCUAAGUAAUCUUUCCUUUUUAUUGUAACACUUUUUUUUUUCUCAAUAUUUUAUUUUAUGAAUUUACCUGAUUAUUUUUAUUUAUUUAUUCAUUGUGGGUUGUUUUUGUUUUCAUUUUUGUAACCAAGAUUUUGAAAUUAAUAAAGGUGUGGGUGGGCGUGUGUGUGUAACAAAUAAGAAUGUUAAAACUUUCAUAUAUAUAUUUUUACAUGGACUCAAAAGAGCAGCUAUAUAGAGUGUUUUCACAUGACGUCACGGCGGCCAUAUUGGUGUCCCAAAACAAUGAAACGGCGGCCAUGUUGGUGUCCCAAAUCAAUCCUCUUGGAAUUGAGAUCUUUUCUUAUGCAAACGCUUUCUUUUGUUUCAGUAAAUUUGCAUAGAUGCUAGCCACGUGAGUGAAAACACUCUAUAAUCAGUGAUUUUGUUACCUCUGCAUUCUAUCUAUGUUCCUUACACAUAAAAAUCGCCAAAGACAUAAAAUAAUUCAUGGAUAUAUCGAUCUGAACGUGUGUAUUUGUAGAAAUAUCCCGUACGUGUAAUUUCUGUGGCAGUUAUGGUUGUUGUUUAGUGAUGCAUAUUUGUUUUAGCCUUUGUUGACUUCUGCUUUAAAAUAGAAGAACUAUAUUUUAAUUUCAGUAUACUCUAAUACAGAGUUUUGGAGUGUGUCUUCAGAUUAACUGUCUGUGGCUGGUACAUAAAGGUCCAAACAUUUUCCAUUUUGGACUCAUUUUUUUUAACUGGGACUCAUUGGUUCUGGACUGGGACUCAUGAGUUCUCACAAGAUGAGUCCCAGAAUUCAUCAUAUUUAUUUGUAACAAAAACACUGUAUAAUUCAUUGAUUAGACCUUUUGUCAUGUAAUUCAUGUGUUGUUGUUGUGGUAAACAUGACAAGUCAUCAUGUCUGCAUGUACUUAAUUCUCCAUGACUGGUUUGUAGGAUUUUUGUUCUGUUUGUAUUUGAUCGUGCAUUAUUAUUAUGGGAAAACUCACCUUAAGGUUGCAUUACUUUGACUCUAGGACAAAGUUAAAAUACAUUGAAUUCUCAUAGAGAUAAUUAUUUUUUUGGAUUAUAAUAAUGAGUUCAUUGGUUGGGUCACUCCCAUUAUAUUUGAUGACUGGUUUAUGAAAUAUCAGCACUUAGAAAAUGAUUGUCAAGGUUGUUGUAUUAUCCGAAGUUUCAAAAGUAGAAAUAUUGUGUAUUUUCUAUUUGAAAUCAGGUUUUGAGAACACUUCCACAGAUACAGCUUUAUAAUAGUAAUUCUUGUACAGUUAUACAAGCAUGCAGUACUAGGGUGUGAAGAAAAGGAGGUCAGUUGUGUGCUUGUCCUUCGGGAAGGCUGUAGCUUGCAUCUGUUAGCCUCAGAAUCACAACUCUAUUAUCCCUCAGGCAUGAUAAAAAAUAGAAUCCACUAGCCCCAUAGCUUAUAUGAAUUGUGUAGUUGGUUAAUACAAAUAAUUCAUUUACUAGGAGAAGAGUUGGAACAACACACUCCUGCAGUAGAAAAUGGCCCAAUUGAGGGAGCAAGCAAUGUGCAGGAAACACAGCAACCUCUUCCAGAAGUAAAUAAUAGUAGCCACUUAGAAGAUGACCGCCUAAUUGCUAGAGCAAGGGCAGUUGGUGUGGACUAUGAGUUUCCAAAGCCUGGUGAAGUGGAAACGGAGGAUGACAGAAGAAAAGAUUUUAUUUACUUGAAUCCAGUCCAUUCCUUUUUCUCUCCAACAACAAUGAUAUAUUAA